UCAAAUGUUUACACUGUAACAAAGAAAUGGCACAGAAAUCAAACUUAGAACAACAUAUGAGAAUACAUACUGGAGAAAAACCCUAUCAGUGUUCCUAUUGUGCUAAGAGAUUCGUGCAGAGCAGUGCUUUGUAUCAGCAUGAAAGAUUUCAUAGAAACGAGAAACCAUACACGUGUUCACACUGUGAGAAAAAAUUUAGUCAGAAAGGUCACCUGAGACUGCACGUGAGAAUUCACACAGGGGAAAAACUGCUUUCGUGUCCACAUUGCAAGAAGAAAUUCAUGUCAAAAAAGACUCUAUCCAAGCAUAUCGAAGCCCACUCAGCCGAUGCAGGAGAACAUCCAGAAAACACCUCUUGUGCCUCGGAAAAUGACCAGAAUAUGUACAGUCUCCGACCUAGGUUGCAAAAGUCUUACCAUAAUGUAGUCGGUGACUUUAUCAAGUCGGAGUAUGAACCAAUCUUUGUAAAGUCAGAAGAACCAGAUAAUGAUGUCAAAAUGUAUGACAUGUAUAGGACGUGUAUAAUGGAAGAAAAAAUUAAAGUAGAGGAACAUAUAACUGUAAAAGAAGAAAUUGUGUCAGACUGAAUGUUUAUGAAGCAACUUUUUAAAUAUGAUUAUCGUUUAUAUGAAGGUAUUGUAUGGGGGCUGCACAUAAAAAGAGCUGAAAGAGUUUAAUUGUAACUAUCUAGAAAAUGCCAUCAAACUUUGUAAGCAUAAAAUGACCGUAACUGUAGCUGUUAUGGUUUUAGUGUAGCAUGAAUUGUGUACUUUUGAAUAUGCAAACAAACUAGUAUUUUUAGUGUAAAAAAGAAAGAAAUUCCUUAGAGGAUGCACUGUCUUUGGUUGUUAUCGAUGUUAGAGUAUAUUUUCUGGUUCGAUAUUGGUUAAAAGUUAUAUCAUUUAUAAGUAUAAUAACGAUAAUAUGUUAUUCAUAUACAUGGUAAUAGAAGUAGUUAAACGGGUCAUGCUGGACCAUCACCACAGUGUGCUUGCUCAUGUCCAGGUGCUGAUCAGGAGAGGGCCAGGGGAGACCAAGAGUAAUUUGCUGGUG